CAAGAUAUAGUGUCAUUACACCCCAAAAGAGGGGUGUCAUUUAAUCCAAUCUAAUGAUUAAAAAAACAAAAAUAUCAUAUAAACUAGUGAAAAAAAAACAUAAUACAAAAUAAUUACGAAUAAUAAAUAGAAAUACAUAUAACUUGAUGACUUGUUGGGAGUAGUCACGUAAUAAAAUGGAUGUUCUUAUCGCUGUUGCUCUUCAGAUACAAACAUAAAACAUUUGUGAGGUGGUGUGCCCCACUUUGACAUCCUUAAAUUCACUCAUAUCUGAACAUGUAGAUCAUCUCUUUCACUUUCACAUCCACAUCAUCACCAAUACACAUCAUAAUCCACCUGAUCUCUUUCUCUCUCUCUGUGCGCGCGUGUGUUUGUGUCAACCAUGUCAAACAACAACGUCUCUUCUUCCCCAGCAAACCAGCCUGAGAAGAAGGGUAAAGAGAAAGUUAAUUUUGAUGAAAUGAACAAGGACAAGGGGAUCCUAGUCAACGAAUCAAACGUUCCAAACAACAUGAACAACAAGCGCAAAGCAAUCGUGUUAGGAGAUGAUCAUGAUAAUCCUAAUACCGAUGGUUCUGCUGCUGUUACUGAAGAUGGAAGUGAUUCCACUAAAGAACAGGAACCCAACUCUGACAAAACUAUCGUUAUUGGUAGCCAGAAUUCGCAAAAGAAGAAAAUUUGGUACAACUGCACCUUUUGUGACAAGAGCUUUUCUUCCGCACAAGCUCUUGGGGGUCACCAAAAUGGUCACAGAAUGGAGAGAAUGCAACGGUCCCAUAACAAUAAUAACAGUGGAAAUGAUGGGAUCCAACUCUUAAAUAACAUGACCAUGGGUGUGGGUAUGAACUCAUCAUCGUCAACAAGCUCCAUGGAGCUACCGUCUUCGCCAACCAUCCCUUCUUUUAGGCCCUUCUUUAAUGGGGAACCUAAUAUGAUGAUCAUGGGAUACAAUAUUAAUAAUGAUUAUCAUCCUUAUCAUCAUGGUUUAUUCCAGAACAAUGGAGGGAGACCAUCAAACUUUUUCAGUCCUGGCCCUGUGGUUGGUGCAAAUAACAAUUUUACAUACCCUCGUGUUGGUUCUGCUUUUGGUGCAGUGGGAGUUGGAAACGUUGGUGCAUUUCAGCAUCCAUAUGAAUUUCGAACAAGAGUAGGCCUCAAUGAUGCUGCAUCAGUGAACCCUGGACCUGGUGGUACAUCUCAGCAUCCUCGUCCUCCUGUGGCUGCUGUUGAGAUUAGAGGAGCUAGAAUUGGGAAUAUCAACAAUAAUAAUAACGGUGGUGUCCAAAGGCAGAUUGUGAAUGAGGCCUGUGAGACCCCACAGGGUGAAUUUGAGUUUGUUUUGCUUCCAUGUGCAGCAAGAAACAACGAUAUGGUGGAGAUUGACUUUGGUCUGGUUCCAAAGAAAGACGAAAAUUGAGAAGCAAAAGAAAAAGCCGCGUCAGAGACUGAUUGAUCCUUAUUAAGCCUUAAUUUAUUCAAGUCCUAAGUCUUAA